AUGACCGAGGCAUCUGAAAAUGCCUACUUGGUGCGCGUGCGAGCGCAAGUGAUGUGCCGCGACGAGGGCACGGGCGGCUGGGUGGCGCUGGGCGGCGGCGGGCUGGCCGACGUCAUGGUCGGCAAGCGCCGCCACCACCGCACCUCCGGCGAUGAAGGCAACGGCGAUUCAACAUCCACGUCGACGUCGGCACCAACCCACGAGUAUUACAUCCAUGGAAAACGCAUCAGCGAUGACAUGGUGGUCCUCGAAUGCACCAUCAAGAAGGACUUCCAGUACAACAAGGUGAUGCCAACGUUUCAUCACUGGGUUACCGACGAAAAGCGUUUCGGACUGACCUUCCAAACCGCAGCUGACGCUCGAGCUUUUGACCGCGGCGUUCGGACCGCUAUAGAAGAACUAUUGGACGGUCUGGGUGGGGCGUGGCCGUCGCUUCACGCGUACAAAAAACACAAUCCAGCGCCGAAAGAUGACGACGAGGAAAACAACAUCUUCGAAUGCCUGAACUUGCCGUCGGAGUCCCGAUCCAGUUCGGACACGUCGAGUGGCAGCAGACUGCGGGCCGACAUCUCGCAGACUCCCAUACUGUCCGCCAUCACGUUGCCGCGACACACGCAGCUUCCGCAGCAUCCGCUGUCCGAACCUCUAAAGCAGUACGAAGUGCAAUAUGACGACAAAGUUGAAGAUUCCGAUCCUGAACGUUGUCCGUACGUCCAUUUAACAGCUGUGCACGAGUACACGUAUCCGCAAGUGGGGCCGGGGGGCGUUAUUAGUUCAGAGAAAUCCUCGCCCAACACGAAACCACCGCUGCUGAAGAGGGAUUCAGGUUCAAUAAAAAAGUGCAGCUACCCCGGGCCGCCGCCGUUGCCCGACAAAAAACCCACGGAGACGUUUCAAGCGCGCUUGAAAUGCAGGCACUGUCACGAAUGGUAUUUGGAAAGUGCGAACCGGCCUGGUGCGUGUGAAUUUGCACCGGACUGCUUCCGUUCGUGUAUCGACUGCGUCACUUGCAUCAAAUGUGCACAGUGUAUGCUGUACCACUGUAUGUCGGACGCAGAAGGAGAGUUUGCGAUGCAUCCCUGCGCGUGUAAUAAACCGGACGAAGCUUGCGCUAAAAGAUGGAUAGGUGUAACACUGCUGAGUCUGCUGGUACCGUGCCUGUGGUGCUACUUGCCCCUGCGUUGCGCACACCGUGGGGCCAGAGCACUGGGCAUCGCUGGUGGUCACCACGCACCGCACCAGAACUAG